AUGUCCCAGGUGAGCGGCCAGCACGCCCCUCGCUGCGACGCUCCCCAUGCAGCCCCCAGCGCAGCCCCCGGCCCAGCCCAGACCCCAUCGCCCCCGCCUGGGCUGGAGGCAGGAACAGGACCCACUCCCUCUGUGGAGGCAGUGCUAGAAGAGGGCUCCCUGGAGGAGGCGGCGCACCCCAUGCCUCAAGGCAAUGGCCCUGGGGCCGCCCAGGCCCUGGACAGCACUGACCUCCACGUCUCCACGGAAGCUGUGACACGCCAGCCACAGGGGAACCCCUUGGGCUGCACCCCACUACUGGCGAAUGGCUCCGGCCACCCCUUGGAGCUGGGCAGCGCCAGGCGGGCGGGGAACGGCACCCUGGGUGGCCCCAAGGCCCACCGGAAGCUUCAGGCCCACCCAUCUCUCGCCAGCCAGGGCAGCAAGAAGAGCAAAGGCAGCACCAAGUCCGCCGCCUCCCAGAUCCCUCUGCAGGCACAGGAAGACUGCUGCGUGCACUGCAUCCUGUCCUGCCUGUUCUGCGAGUUCCUGACGCUGUGCAACAUCGUCCUGGACUGCGCCACGUGCGGCUCCUGCAGCUCCGAGGACUCGUGCCUCUGCUGCUGCUGCUGCGGCUCCGGCGAGUGCGCCGACUGCGACCUGCCCUGCGACCUGGACUGCGGCAUCCUGGACGCCUGCUGCGAGUCCGCCGACUGCCUGGAGAUCUGCAUGGAGUGCUGUGGGCUCUGCUUCUCCUCCUGA